AGAGAAAGAGAGAGAGAGAGAGAGAGAGAGAGAGAGAGAGAGAGGGGGGGAGAGAGAGAGAGGGGACUCUGCGGAUUUAAAAGAAAGAAACGGGGAAUUACGCCGCAUCUACUCCUUUCUGAGGAGCAAACAACUCCAGGUACACUAAAUUCCCCUUCACACACACGUUGAACAAUGAAAAUGUCAGCAGCGGAGACCUGCCAGGUGCUGAAGGAGGGAGAGCUGGAGAAGAGGAGCGACAACCUGCUGCAGCUAUGGAAGAGGAAGACGUGCGUGCUGACCACGGACAGCCUCAACCUGUACACCGACACGCAGAAGCGCUCCAAGAGCAAAGAGCUCAAACUGCAGUCCAUCAAGAAGGUCGACUGCGUGGAGCGCACCGGCAGAUUCGUCUACUUCACCAUCGUCACCACAGACAAUAAAGAGAUCGACUUCCGGUGCUCCGGGGAGGAUAAGUGUUGGAAUGCGGUCAUCACCAUGGCCCUGAUAGAUUUCCAGAACAAAAAGGCCAUCCAGGAUUUUAAGACGCGGCAGGACAACGAGCGCGCGUCGCCCGGUCAGCAGGAGCGGCGCAUGGCCAGGGCGCCCUGAGCGGCCACGGGACCUUUCAGACUUCUUCAUUAUGUGUCAAAUAUGGACCACGAACACGAAGAGAAGACUACUCGGACCAAAGGGAGAUGUGAUCCGGUCCAGGAAUGAAGGAUUGAUCGGGACAGAGGUCUAAACCCAAAGGAGGGGCCAGCUGAUCCCGAGGGACUUCCAGCAAGGGAAUUUCAGUUCCACAUGCACGACGGAAGCCCUGAGAUGUCAAAAAAUGAUUUCAAGCUUGCUUCUCCCUGUGAAGGGACGUCUCCUGAAAUGAUGUUGCAGCACAUGUUAUUUAUUUUUCAGUGCAUAUGGCAAACAGAUUUGCAUUGUUGUUGUUGUUGUCGUUGUUAAAUUAUUCGCUAUUUUUGUGCUUGUAUUGAGUUUGUAUUUAUUUGAAUAAACAUUCUUCCUUUUUGACAUAA